AUGCCCUGCUGCACCAGACCCUCCAAAACCAAAGGCGUCACCGAGUCCAUCAGACGAACCGCCACCACCGCCGCCUCCACUCCAGGCCAACAUGACAACGUGUACAUUCAGCCGCAGGGGUCAGCCAGAUAUCCGACCAGCACACCUGCCGACCAAACGCCCGACAGACCCGCCAGCAGCGACUCAGGUAGCGCAAGCGGGACCCGGAAACUCAAGCGCCUUACAGGACUCCGUCCUCACCGCAACUUCGGCCACACUGCCAAUGAAAACCCAGCCGCGGUUCAUGGCGAUGAAAAGUUAGGUGCCGGAUCGCUGCGGAAGAAAACGGAUGAGAACCGGGUGCUGCCGGCGAGUAUUCUGAUACUCAGUUAG